AUGCCGUUCGGCCGCUCGGGUGGCAGUUCUGCUGCGCGACGAUCGCACGCGCUACACGUGCGGCCGCCGGACACUCUGCUACCUCAGCCAGCUUCGCGCGGCCGCGGGAGUCUACCGUCGUGCGGAGGAACAGGCGCACCCGGGCCCUCGCCGCGACUGACGCAGCGGCGGAGGGUCGCACCUGCCGCGAAGGCCGGCGCGCGGCGCGCUGCAGCGGCGCGGCAGCCGCAGCAGCGGAGCCGCGCAUCGAGAUCGGGGCUCGGCUGCCUCAAUGCGGCGAGUUCAUGCGCCGCCAAACCGGCACGCUCUGUUCCAUCAAGGGUUUCGCCGGACUCGCGGCCGGCGGCGUUCGACGGGCGCGGUGCGUCGCUCGGCCUCUUUCGACCGAGAACAACAAAGGCAGGGGAAGAGCGACGACCGCCCGACGAUCCUCUGAAGUAUUACAAGCAGCAGUCGAGUCCGCCGAACGUGACACUGCAGCCGCCGGCACAUCACCCACACCUGCUGCCGUACCUGUAUCCCAGCUACGCGGGAUCGGCUCCCGCGAUGCCGUUCCCGCUCGGUCAGUUCCUGCUGCCGACGUCGCACGCGCUCACGUCGGCCGCCGGACACUCUCUACCUCACCACUUCGCCGCCGCGGGUCUGACGUCGCAACACCACCCGGGCCUCGCCGCGAUGACGCAGGCGGCGAUGUCGCACCUGCCGCAAGGUGGCGCCGCCGCUGCAGCGGCGGCGGCAGCGCAGCACGGAUCCCCGCAUCAGAUGGGGCUCGGGUUCCUCAAUCCGCAGUUCAUCGCCGCCAACCACGCGCUGUUCCAUCAGGGUUUCGCCGGACUCGGCGGCGCGGUGUCGACGGGCGCGUCGUCGCUCGCUUCGUCGCUGGCGGCUGCGGCCGUCUACAGUCCGCACCGCUUCAACCCCUAUCAGCUGCCGAUCACGACGACGACGAUGGUGACGACCGCCAGUCCUCUCAUCUCGACCGGCGACGGCGGCGUCUGCGAGCUGUCGCCGAGCGUCAGCGAACCGUCGCCGACGUCGUCCAUCUCGUCGCACUCAUUCCCGACGUCCCCCGGCCGCCAUGCGUCGUCGCCGCCGCCGCCGCCGCCGACGCUGAUGCCGACGCAGACGCGGGCGUCGCCGACGGCGACCGUCACCAAGGCGUCUGCGGAGAGUCAGAUUCGCAGCAUCGAGCAAAUGGUGAACGGAAUCGAACGCACGCGCGAACGUCCGCCCAGCUCGACCGAUAGCAAAUGA